UGAUAGCGGUUUAAGCACGCUGUUAGUAGGUUCAAAAUUUUUUUCCGGAGUACGGUAUUACACACCUAAUAAGGAAGGAAAAUACUAUAUCAGUCUAUACCGACGGGUCCAAAAUGGACUCCAAAUGCGGAGUAGGCACAGGUGUAUACUCCGAUGAUCUUAACUUUUCUCGCUCCUUCCGUCUACCGAACUUGGCUAGCAACUUCCAAGCGGAAGUACUGGGCAUAGAGAAGGCCUGUGAAGCUCUAUUGGCUAACUACCAGAGGAUACAAAAAGCAAUAAUUUAUACAGAUAGUCAGGCGGCGCUCCAAGCCUUGUCGACGCCACUGACUAACUCCAGCGUAGUCCAUAACUGCAAGAAGGCAUUGAGCACUCUGAAAGACAAAGUACAAUUAGACUUGGUCUGGGUUCCCGGCCAUAGGAACAUCUUCGGUAACGAAAAGGCAGACGAGUUGGCAAAAGCAGGAGCCUGCCGUCUCAUCGGACGGCGUCAUCGUCUACGCAUCUGCACCAAAAAGCAGGACGAGAACUAUGAUGGGCUGAAAUAUCAAUACUUCAAUCUACCGUCGCACAAGAAGUAUUUGAUGGACAGCAACAACAGCACCAACUAA